UUCAAGAAGCACUUCACCAUCCCCCCGUCACUAUCCACCUCUCUCACCCACGCUGUCCACCAGCAACCAGGCGCCUGGCCAGCAGUCUUUGCGCAUCCCCUCCGCCGAGAGACUUCUGCUCCCGCUGCACUAGAUCCACGCCUGCACCGUGGUAUCCAGCAGCAGGCCUGCCCGCCCACGCCUCUUUUCCUACCACAGCCGCCCGCCCGCUGCCUUGACCUGUCCACACGCCCUUGCUUGCCCAAGGCGACCGACAUCACGAAUCACGACCCCGCCUUUCGCUCCUCAUUCGUCGCAGCUAUCCUACCUUUCUGCGCUCCCGCUCAACAAAGGCACUCGCAGCCCGCCGCACGAUAG